CCAAAAAACUUGCGCUGGGUACUGCACUGGUGUGUGGUGGUGGUGAGGUCGCACGUUGGGUCAACGUCCAUCGGAGUUUAUUUUCUUCACAAGAAGGAAAGUGUAGCUGGCUGCGUCUAAGGGAUGACUUUCCACCAGCCGCUCCUGGAGCGGCAGCGACAUCCCUUCCCUCCUGCCACCUCGCUCUCCGAGGACAAGCUGCAGGAGAAAGCUCGGAAGUGGCAGCAGCUGCAGAGCAAGAGGUACAGCGAGAAGAGGAAGUUCGGAUUUGUGGAGGCACAGAAGGAGGAUAUGCCUCCUGAGCACGUGAGAAAGAUCAUUCGAGACCAUGGCGACAUGACUCACCGCAAGUUCCGCAAUGACAAGAGGGUGUAUCUGGGAGCUCUAAAGUACAUGCCUCAUGCGGUGCUAAAGCUGCUGGAGAACAUGCCAAUGCCGUGGGAGCAGAUACGAGACGUGACUGUCAUCUAUCACAUCACAGGAGCCAUCACCUUCGUCAACGAGAUUCCCUGGGUGGUGGAGCCCGUCUACAUCGCACAGUGGGGGACCAUGUGGAUCAUGAUGAGGAGAGAGAAGAGAGACCGACGCCACUUCAAGAGAAUGAGGUUCCCUCCAUUUGAUGAUGAGGAGCCCCCACUUGAUUACGCCGACAACGUCCUUGAUGUGGAGCCUCUGGAGCCAGUCCAGAUGGAGCUGGACGAAGAGGAAGAUGCAGCUGUCCACGAGUGGUUCUACGACCACAAGCCUCUGGUCGGGACAAAGUUUGUGAAUGGGUCUACAUACCGUCGCUGGAACCUCAGUCUCUCCAUCAUGUCCACGCUCUAUCGCCUUGGCAACCAGCUCGUUACAGAUCUGGUGGACGACAACUAUUUCUAUUUGUUUGACGUCAAGUCGUUCUUCACGGCCAAGGCCCUCAACCUGGCCAUUCCUGGAGGGCCAAAGUUUGAGCCUCUUGUGAAGGACCAGUCCCUAAUAGGUGAAGAGGAUUGGAAUGAGUUCAAUGACAUCAACAAGAUCAUUAUCCGCCAGCCGGUCCGCACGGAGUACCGCAUUGCCUUCCCCUACCUCUACAACAGCUUGCCUCUUUACGUCCACCUGUCCUGGUACCACACCCCCUCCGUCGUCUUCAUCAAGACCGAGGACCCUGACCUCCCUGCCUUCUACUUCGACCCUCUCAUCAAUCCAAUAGCUCACCGCCACCAGACCACUGCCAAGGUGGUAGAUCCAGAGCCAGAGGAGGACGAGAGUUUCGUCCUGCCAGGUCACGUGGAGCCAUUCCUCACGGGUACACCACUCUACACUGACAACACUGCCAACGGAGUCGCUCUGCUGUGGGCUCCGCGACCUUUCAAUCUCCGCUCUGGUCGCACCCGCAGAGCCCUUGACAUUCCUCUUGUCAAGACAUGGUACCACGAGCACUGUCCCCCAGACCACCCGGUGAAGGUCCGGGUCUCCUACCAAAAGCUGCUCAAAGUGUUUGUACUCAACUCACUCAAGCACAGGCCUCCCAAAGCUCUUAAAAAGAGGUACCUCUUCCGAUCGUUCAAGGCGACAAAGUUCUUUCAGUCGACCAAGCUGGACUGGGUGGAGGCGGGGCUCCAGGUGUGCAGACAGGGCUACAACAUGCUCAACCUCCUCAUCCAUCGCAAGAACCUCAACUACCUCCACUUGGACUACAACUUCAAUCUGAAGCCAGUCAAGACACUCACCACCAAGGAGAGGAAGAAGUCGCGGUUUGGCAACGCCUUCCACUUGUGUCGCGAGAUCCUGCGACUCACAAAACUCAUCGUCGACUCCCACGUGCAGUACCGUCUUGGUAACGUGGACGCUUUUCAGCUUGCUGAUGGUCUGCAGUACAUCUUUGCUCACGUGGGCCAACUCACGGGCAUGUACCGCUACAAGUACAAGCUGAUGCGGCAGAUCCGCAUGUGCAAGGAUCUCAAGCAUGUGAUCUACUAUCGUUUCAACACUGGUCCCGUGGGAAAGGGACCAGGGGUCGGAAUUUGGGCCCCAGGAUGGAGGGUGUGGCUCUUCUUCCUGAGGGGCGUGGUCCCUCUCCUUGAGCGCUGGCUCGGAAACCUCCUCUCGCGACAGUUCGAAGGUCGACACUCGAAAGGCGUGGCCAAGACGGUCACCAAGCAACGAGUGGAGAGUCAUUUCGACCUGGAGUUGCGAGCUGCGGUGAUGCACGACAUUUUGGACAUGAUGCCAGAGGGAAUCAAACAGAACAAGGCUCGGACCAUUCUCCAGCACCUCAGCGAAGCCUGGCGCUGCUGGAAGGCCAACAUCCCCUGGAAGGUCCCGGGGCUGCCGAUCCCAGUGGAGAACAUGAUUCUGCGCUACGUGAAGAGCAAGGCAGACUGGUGGACCAACACUGCUCACUACAACCGCGAGAGGAUCCGUCGCGGAGCCACAGUGGACAAAACGGUCUGCAAGAAGAACCUGGGUCGACUGACCAGACUCUACCUGAAAGCUGAGCAAGAGAGGCAGCACAACUACCUCAAAGAUGGGCCUUACAUCACGGCAGAGGAGGCCGUAGCAAUCUACACCACCACGGUCCACUGGCUGGAGAGUCGACGGUUUUCUCCCAUCCCCUUUCCUCCUCUCUCGUACAAGCACGACACGAAGCUCCUCAUCCUGGCUCUGGAGCGACUGAAGGAGGCCUACAGUGUCAAGAGUCGGCUGAACCAGAGCCAGCGGGAGGAGCUGGGGCUGAUCGAACAGGCCUACGACAACCCACACGAGGCCCUCUCUCGUAUCAAGAGACAUCUGCUGACUCAGCGGGCCUUCAAGGAGGUGGCGAUAGAGUUCAUGGACCUGUACAGUCACCUGGUCCCGGUGUAUGAUGUGGAGCCCCUGGAGAAGAUAACCGAUGCCUACCUGGACCAGUACCUGUGGUACGAGGCAGACAAACGGAGACUGUUUCCUCCCUGGAUCAAGCCAGCCGACACGGAGCCUCCACCCCUCCUGGUCUACAAGUGGUGCCAAGGUAUCAACAACCUGCAGGAGGUGUGGGAGACUGGGGAGGGAGAGUGCAACGUGAUGAUGGAGAGUCAUUUCGAGAAGCUGUAUGAGAAGAUAGACCUGACACUUCUCAACCGGCUCCUGCGGCUCAUCGUGGACCACAACAUUGCCGACUACAUGACAGCCAAAAACAAUGUCGUCAUCAACUACAAGGAUAUGAACCACACCAAUUCGUAUGGGAUAAUACGAGGACUGCAGUUUGCGUCGUUCAUAGUCCAGUACUAUGGACUGGUGCUGGAUCUCCUGGUGCUGGGUCUCCAGAGGGCCAGCGAGAUGGCGGGGCCUCCUCAGGUGCCCAACGACUUCCUCACGUACCAGGACGUGGACACCGAGACCAGCCACCCCAUACGACUCUACUCUCGCUACGUGGACCGUGUGCACAUCUUCUUCAGGUUCACGGCUGAGGAGGCUCGGGAGCUCAUUCAGAGGUACCUCACGGAGCACCCUGACCCCAACAACGAGAACAUCGUCGGCUACAACAACAAGAAGUGCUGGCCUCGAGAUGCUCGCAUGAGACUCAUGAAACACGAUGUGAACCUCGGCAGGGCGGUGUUCUGGGACAUCAAAAACCGUCUCCCUCGCUCCAUCUCCACCAUCCAGUGGGAGAACUCGUUUGUCUCAGUGUACUCCAAAGACAACCCAAACCUUCUCUUCAACAUGAGUGGUUUCGAGUGUCGCAUCCUCCCCAAGACUAGGACCUCGUACGAGGAGUUCACUCACAAAGAUGGCGUCUGGAAUCUGCAGAAUGAGGUGACCAAGGAGAGGACGGCGCAGUGUUUCCUGAGAGUGGACGAGGAGAGUCUUUCUAGGUACCACAACAGAGUGCGACAGAUCCUCAUGGCGUCUGGCUCCACCACCUUCACCAAGAUAGUCAACAAGUGGAACACUGCUCUCAUAGGUCUCAUGACCUACUUCAGAGAGGCUGUCGUUAACACUCAGGAGCUGCUGGACCUCCUCGUCAAGUGUGAGAAUAAGAUCCAGACGAGGAUUAAGAUUGGUCUCAACUCCAAGAUGCCCAGCAGGUUCCCUCCUGUUGUGUUCUACACUCCCAAGGAGCUGGGGGGACUCGGGAUGCUGUCCAUGGGCCACGUGCUCAUCCCUCAGUCCGAUCUUCGCUGGUCCAAACAGACUGACUCUGGAAUAACUCACUUCAGAUCUGGCAUGAGUCAUGAUGAGGACCAGCUCAUCCCAAACCUCUAUCGGUAUAUUCAGCCGUGGGAGAGUGAGUUCAUUGACAGCCAGAGGGUGUGGGCAGAGUACAGGCUCAAAAGACAAGAGGCAAAUGCUCAGAACAGGCGGUUGACUCUGGAAGACCUCGAGGACUCGUGGGACCGCGGGAUCCCUCGGAUUAACACCCUCUUCCAGAAGGACCGCCACACUCUGGCCUACGACAAGGGGUGGAGAGUCAGAACCGACUUCAAACAGUAUCAGGUCUUGAAGCAGAAUCCGUUCUGGUGGACGCACCAGCGCCACGAUGGGAAGCUGUGGAACCUCAAUAACUACAGGACAGACAUGAUCCAGGCCCUCGGGGGCGUGGAGGGAAUUCUUGAGCACACGCUGUUCAAAGGCACGUACUUCCCAACCUGGGAAGGUCUGUUCUGGGAGAAGGCCAGCGGCUUUGAGGAGUCCAUGAAGUACAAGAAACUGACCAAUGCUCAGAGAUCUGGGCUGAACCAGAUCCCCAACCGUCGGUUCACCCUCUGGUGGUCUCCCACUAUCAACAGAGCCAAUGUUAGUAGCCAUCAUCCACCCUGUGUGUACCACUUUACCUCUCCUUCCCUCGUUCCCUCCCAAUCGCACACCAGGUAUAUGUGGGGUUCCAGGUUCAGCUUGACCUGACAGGGAUCUUCAUGCACGGGAAGAUACCAACACUCAAGAUCUCUCUGAUCCAGAUCUUCAGGGCCCACCUGUGGCAGAAGGUCCACGAGAGUGUGGUCAUGGACCUGUGCCAGGUCUUCGACCAGGAGCUGGAUGCUCUGGAGAUCAACACGGUGCAGAAGGAGACCAUUCACCCGAGGAAGUCGUACAAGAUGAACAGCUCUUGUGCCGACAUCUUGUUGUUUGCCACCUACAAAUGGAACGUCUCAAAACCAUCUCUUCUGGCAGACUCCAAGGAUGUGAUGGAUGCCACGACGACCCAGAAGUACUGGGUGGACGUGCAGCUGCGGUGGGGAGACUAUGACUCACAUGACGUGGAGAGAUACUCCAGAGCCAAGUUCCUGGACUACACCACCGACAACAUGAGCAUCUACCCUUCCCCCACUGGCAUCAUGGUCGCUCUUGAUCUCGCAUACAACCUUCACAGUGUGUUUGGUAACUGGAUCCCAGGCAUGAAACCACUGAUGCAGCAAGCCAUGGCGAAGAUCAUGAAGGCCAAUCCAGCCCUCUACGUGCUGCGGGAGAGGAUCCGCAAGGCCCUCCAGUUGUACUCCAGUGAACCUACGGAGCCUUACCUCUCAUCCCAGAACUACGGAGAGCUGUUCUCCAAUCAGAUCAUCUGGUUUGUGGACGACACCAAUGUCUACCGAGUCACCAUCCACAAGACCUUUGAGGGGAAUCUAACGACAAAGCCAAUCAACGGAGCCAUCUUCAUCUUCAACCCUCGCACAGGGCAGCUGUUCCUGAAGAUUAUCCACACCAGUGUGUGGGCAGGGCAGAAGAGACUGGGCCAGCUGGCCAAGUGGAAGACGGCAGAGGAGGUGGCUGCCCUCAUCCGCUCCCUCCCCGUGGAGGAGCAGCCCAAACAGAUCAUUGUCACCAGGAAAGGCAUGCUGGACCCCCUCGAGGUUCAUCUGCUGGAUUUCCCCAACAUUGUCAUCAAGGGAAGCGAGCUGCAGCUGCCGUUCCAGGCCUGUCUGAAGGUGGAGAAACUGGGAGACCUGAUUCUCAAGGCCACUGAGCCUCAGAUGGUCCUCUUCAAUCUCUAUGACGACUGGCUCAAGAGCAUCUCCUCCUACACUGCCUUCUCUCGACUCGUGCUGAUUCUGCGGGCCCUCCACGUCAACACUGACAGGACAAAGGUCAUCCUGAAGCCAGACAAGACGACCAUCACAGAGCCACACCAUAUUUGGCCCACUCUGACGGACGAAGAGUGGAUCAGAGUAGAGGUCGCACUCAAAGACCUCAUUCUGGCAGACUAUGGCAAGAAGAACAAUGUGAAUGUGGCGUCUCUGACACAGUCUGAGAUCAGGGACAUCAUCCUGGGAAUGGAGAUCUCUGCCCCCUCCCAGCAGAGGCAGCAGAUUGCCGAGAUUGAGAAACAAACGAAGGAGCAGUCCCAGCUGACGGCAACCACCACCCGCACCACCAACAAACACGGCGAUGAGAUAAUCGUCACGACAACCAGCAACUAUGAGCGGCAGACGUUCUCGUCGAAAACGGAGUGGAGAGUUAGAGCCAUCUCUGCCACCAACCUCCACCUGAGAACCAACCACAUCUACGUCUCGUCGGACGACAUCAAGGAAGCUGGCUUCACAUACAUCCUCCCGAAAAACAUCCUCAAGAAAUUCAUCAUCAUUUCUGACCUGCGCACACAGAUUGCAGGCUACUUGUAUGGAGUGAGUCCCCCGGACAACCCUCAGGUGAAGGAGAUCCGGUGUGUGGUGAUAGUUCCUCAGUGGGGGACACACCAGACGAUCCACCUCCCCAACCUCCUCCCACAGCACGAGUACCUCAAGGAAAUGGAGCCUCUGGGUUGGAUUCACACUCAGCCUAACGAGCUGCCGCAGCUGUCGCCUCAUGAUGUGACACUGCAUGCCAAGAUCAUGGCCGACAACCCCACUUGGGACGGAGAGAAGACAAUAAUACUCACCUGCAGCUUCACCCCAGGUUCCUGCUCUCUCACGGCCUACAAGCUGACUCCGCUGGGCUAUGAAUGGGGUCGCAACAAUAAGGACACGGGGAACAACCCUCACGGCUACCUCCCCUCUCACUAUGAAAAGGUCCAGAUGCUGCUCUCCGACAGGUUCCUGGGGUUCUUCAUGGUCCCUGCCCAGGGCUCCUGGAACUAUAACUUCAUGGGUGUGCGUCAUUCGGCCAACAUGCACUAUGAGCUCCAGCUGACAAAUCCAAUGGAGUUCUACCACGAGGCCCACCGUCCAGCACAUUUUCUCAACUUCUCCAGUCUGGAGGAGGUGGAGGUUCACACUGCUGAUCAUGAGGACCUGUAUGCCUAGUCUCCCCUCCCUGUUUUAAAGACUGAAACAAUGGACUAAUUAUUAUUGCUGUUUUGUUUAGCGCAGUGCGCGCGUAUAACAUACACGGCGCGCGCAAAGGUGAUUACAUCAUAAUGCGGGUGUUGUCUAAAGUCAUGAAUAUGGUUUACCAAUCACCGCCACUCAGUUUGGCUGCGUGGAGAAAGGUUGCCCCAAACGUAUGUAUGUGAGAAGCUCUAACGUUGUGAGGGGAGGACUGAGAAAAGCUCUAGGCCCAGAAUUCCCGAAGUGAGCCAUGAAUGACCUUGCUGGAGAGGAAGGAGAUUUCCUGCAGGCCAUUGAGAGGUUCACAGAGGCCAUCACACUUGAUCACAGCAACCACACUCUCUUCAGCAACCGCUCGGCUGCAUAUGCUCGAGUCAGCAAGUUCGCCGAGGCACUGAAAGAUGCCCAGCGCUGUCACGAGCUCAAGAGAGACUGGCCAAAGUCCUACUACCGACUGGGUGUGGCUCUCCAGGGCUUGGAGAGGUUCGAAGAUGCCAUGGUUUCCUUCGCUGAGGGGCUGGCCAUCGACCCCAAGUCAGGUCCUCUGUUGAGUGGGGUCACUCAAACCAUGCUCCAGUCUCCACUCAAAGCUAAAUUCCAACCGAAACUGGAGAAAUUUGAGACCCUGAAGCUCGACAAAAAUCCCUUCAUCAUCACGUCGCUGAUUGGCCAGGAGUUGCAGACUGCAAAUCGCAUGGAGCCUGCGGUGAGGAUCCUGGAGGCUGCGCGAGCCAUUGGCACCGACAGCAUGAAGCUGGAGGCGUCUCUCCUGCAAGCCCUCGGCCGUGUCAACUGGAUCCUGGGAAACACGGAGAAAGCUCUAGAGUACAUGCAGAAGGACUUGGAGAUCAACGAGAGCAUCGGAGACAGUCUCGGUUGCUGCCGUGCCCACGAAAGCCUCGGCACUGCACUCUUCUCUCUCGGUCGCUACAGUGAAGCUGUUGUCCAACACACAAAGCAGAAUGAAAGGGCGCAGGCUGUCGACCAGUGGGAAGCAAUCUCAGCUCUACAUCGACUCGGGCAGGCACUGGUGAAGCUAAGCAAAUAUGUAGAGGGUCUGAAGGCCUACAAGGAAUCACUGAAGCUGGCAAAAGAAGUCGGAGACAACUCUCUGACAGCUCGGGCCUUCAGCCACCUUGGUUCCACCCACAUCAGUGCAGGGGAGGUGGACAAGGCGAUCAUGUGGCACCACCACCACCUCUCCUUCGCAAAGGAGAUCCAGAGCAAGGCAGAGGAAGCAGAGGCGUAUGGCCACCUUGGUCGUGCCUGUUUCCUUAAGAGCAACUACGAGCAGUCCAUGAUGUUCUACCAGCAGCUCCUGUCAGUCGCCGUGCAACUCAAUGAUCUGGUGCUUAAGGCUCGUGCCUAUGGAGGGAUGGGGCAGGCAAACAGGGCGAUGGGGAACCUCUGGCAUGCCCAGAGCUGCCGGGAACAGCAGCUGAAGAUCAGCAAAGACUUGGGCGAUGCUGAGAGCCAGUUGGCAGCACUAAAUCAGCUCGGUCACAUCCACAAAGCAGCAGGCAAGCUCUCACAGGCCAUGCAGUGCUACACAGAGUGUCUGGAGCUGGCUCAGGGAGUGAAGGAUCGUGCAGCUGAGGGGAAAGCCUAUGCCAAUCUUGGCAGUUGUCACAUGGCUCUUGGCAGCUUUCGCGAUGCUGUAAGGUACUUCCAACAGGAGCUGGUGAUCUCAAGGGAGCGAGUGGAUCGAGCAAGUGAGGCUGCGACUCUAGGCCAUCUUGGAUCAGCCUUCCUGGCCCUUGACAGUAGACAGGCUGCACAAGAGCACAUGCAGCAGAGCUUGGCGCUGGCGGAGCAAAUAGGCAACAAGGUGGUGCAGUGCCAGGCCCUCAGCAACCUAGGGAGCUACUACACUUCUGCCAAGAGGCAUGCAGAGGCUCUGCCUUGCCUUGAGAGAGCUCUGCAGCUGUCACAGGAGCUCAAGGAUGCAACAACGGAGAGCAAAGUGUGCCACAACCUGGGGCUCUGUCACGAGGGUCUGGGGCACUACCGACAGGCAAUCCAGUACUACCAGCACGACUUCAUGGUAGCAAAAGAGGCCCAGGACAAGGAGGGUAUGACCAGAGCCUGCGAGAAGUUGAUGAGAGCGUACUCAGAGAACGGAGACAAGGAGCAGGCAGAUGCGUACAAGAGAAAACUGCACACAAUUGCAGAGGAGAUCCAGAACACAUCGGGAAAAUGCACCUUCUGGACUCAAAUUGCAGAAGACGCUCUCAACUCAGGGGACUAUGAAAAGGCAGUGGAGUACUACGAGAAUCUGCUGAAGGAGGCGAAAAAGGAGCAACAUCAGUCGUUUGAAGGUCUGGCAUACUGCGGCCUCGGGAAUGCCUGCCUCUCACGUGGAGACUUUGAGCAUGCUCUUAGCUACCACAGAAGAGACCUCUCUCUCAGGAAAGCUGCUCGGGAUGUAACCGGGGAGUGCCAGGCAUACGGGAACAUGGGUGCCACCUACAACUCCCUCGCCCAGCACCAACAGGCAGUUGAGUGUUACGAGCACGAACUAGCCUUGGCCAAACAGCUAGAAAAUGCGAUCCUCAUGACAAAGGCCUAUGGCUGUCUGGGCAUUGUCCACCGGAACAUGAAAAACUUCCAGAAGGCACUGCAGUACCACCAGCUGCAGCUGCAGAGCUCGCUACAGCUGAAAGACAACCUCCUGGAGCAAGCCAACUCCUGCGCCAACCUUGGAGACUCGUUCGAGGCGGUGGGGGACUUCCAGCAGGCAGUGAGGCAACAUGAGCAGUACCUCAUUUUCUCCCAGAAGGCUCACAGCGACGGCAGCCAGAUGAGGGCCCUCAGCAGUCUCGGCAGGGCCCACCGAGGCCUGGGAAACCUGCGCAAAGCCUUGAGCUACUUUGAACGCCAACUGAAACUUUCAAAAUCGGUAGGAGACGAGUACACAGAGGCAGAGUGCUAUGCCGACAUUGGAGGCGUCCAGAUGCUACUGGGGGAGUACAAUCAGGCCUUGGAGUCGUUCAGCUCACAGCUCACUCUCUCUCGCUCCCUGGAGGACCUGUUCAGUGAAGCCAUGGCUGCCUGUGGACUUGGAGAGGUCCACUCCAGACUCGGCAACUUCAGAGAGGCCAUUGACUACCACAAACUGGACCACCGCAUCUCCUCAGCCAAUCGGUUUCUGGACGGAGAAGCCAGAGCUUUGGGGAAUAUUGCCGAGACGUAUGAGUCCAUGGGAGAGUACAAGACAGCCAUCGACUUCAGAGAAAAGCAGCUCAGUGCAGCAGACACUCUGAGGGACAACUUCUCCAAAGCGUUAUCCUUCAUGGGGUUGGGUAAGAUCCACAUCAAGAUGGGCGACUGUGCCAGAGCAGUAUCUCUGCUGAAGCAAGCCCUCAGUCUCGUUGUGGACCAAACAGCCGCCGAGACCAAUGCACACACACAGGCCGAAAUUGAAGUGGAGGCGAAGAUCCGGUUCUAUCUCGGGCAAGCCUUCUACUACCAGAGCCACUUUGAGGCUGCACUGGUCUACCUGCGCAAGGCUCUCCCCCUGUUUGAGCACAUGCGGCAGAACGUGGGUCACUACGACCAUGCUACCAAGCAGACACUGGAGCUGUACCCGUUCCUCUUCCAGACCUUAGUCAACACUCUGGUGAGGCAGGGGAAAGUGGAGGAGGCCUUGGAGAUGGCAGAGAUGGAGAGAAACAGAGCCAUCACCGAUGCCUUGGCUCAGAGAGACGUCAGCAGACAGGCCAUGAAGGAAGUGGCACUUAUGAAGCAGUAUACACCCAACUCCUCAUGGAUCCAGGAGGCAAUCGAAGCCAUCCGCUGCCCUGUCCUCUACUUUGCUGUUGCUCUAAACCACAUCUUCAUCUGGAUGCUGCACCCCAAGAGUGGCAUCGUGCAGUUCCAGCAGGUGGACAUGCAGGAGUUUGCUCUGACAGGCUAUGACACCGCCUCCAUCUACAGCGAGUCCUCCUCUUCUUACGUCCAACCUCUAGUGGACAGCGUGGCCUCCGUCAGAGAGGCUCUUGGAGUGGAGCAGCGCUACCGUCUGGCCACCAAGAGUGUGGGCUCCGGUAUAUCGGAUGACCUGGACUCCGGGGACGAUGCAGAAUCCGUAGUUGGUUCCACCAUAUCUGCCCCUGCCUUUCGACCUGGCAGCAGUUCAAGCCGGGGAGACAGCAUCGGCAUGAGCCACCAGAAGGGGAGCAGGAAGCCAGUCAACAUGGCUCCGGUGUACGAACUGUACGACAUCCUGAUCAAGCCAAUGGAGUACGUCUUGCCUCAGCCCAAGAGCCCUGGGGGAACAGGUGGGAAGGUUGUCAUUGUACCCGAUAAGGACCUCUACCUCGUGCCUUUCUCGCUACUGAAGGGAGAGGGUGGCACAGAGUGUCUGUACCAGCGGUACCAUCUGCAGGUGGUCCCCUCCCUGCAGUCCCUCAUACCUCCCACCCCAAAACCCACACCAAAGGUGUCCAGGAAACAGAGUCUGGCUCCCAGAUCUUCCCGUAGCCCCUCCCCAGCAACACCUGGCCUGAAAGGUGGAUCUCGACGUUCCUCCUCUCCAAGCCCCCUCUCCCACGACCAACAGAACCUCAGAUCUGGGGCUCAACGGUUGUGUCCCCUCGUUGUGAGCAACCCAGCAAUCCCAGUGUCAGGGGCCCACUGCCCGUGGCACUCUCUCAUUGGAGUGGAGAAGGAGACUCGACUGCUGUCUGAUCUGCUGGAGGUGAAACCCCUCUCUGGGAAGGCAGCCAGUAAAGAGGCAGUGAUGCGAAGACUAAGCUCAGCCGAGUGUGUCCAUUUCAUCACGAACGUGUCGUGGGAAAGAGGCCAGCUCGUUCUAGGUCCUCCUGACAACAGCCACAGCGAUUCCGAGGACAGUAUUGAUGGGCAGGGGGCGGAGUCUCGAGUGAGUGGGGAUGGAGUAGCGGUGGGGAGGAGGGGAGUGGCCGAUGGGGCCGCCAACGCUCUACCUGAACCUCGAGACUACCUGCUCACCGUAGGGGAGCUGAUGGAACUGCGGCUCUCGGCCAAGCUGGUAGUGCUGAGUGGGGCUCACCAUAGCGAUGGCUCGAGGGUGUCAGCCAAGGGUCUGAUGUGUCUGGCACAGGCGUUCCUGUGCAGUGGUGUGGAGUGUGUGAUUGUUCCUCUGUGGGCCACUUCCCUCCAGGCCUCUCGACUCAUGAUGAAUGCCUUCUACAGCAGUCUCGUGUAUGGGAGUCGCGCCUCACGAGCUCUGGCGUAUGGCAUGCAGGUCGUUCAUGACAGCAGUCGCUACAGCCAUCCAGCCAACUGGGCGGGGUAUCUGCUGGUUGGUAGAGACACAGUACUACGAGAUAGGAUGCAGCCUCUGGUGCGCAGUAUGUGCAGUCUCCUGCAGGCCAAUCAGGAAGACUACCUGGUGGCAGCUCUCAGACACCUCCUCUCCAUGAUUUCCACAUCAGUCAAGAGGGUUUCUCAGAGCGAAGGGGCGAUGGAACCCAAGUACAGCACACAGCAAGCAGUGGAGAGGAAGGUGGGAGCUGUGCCAGGCUGGGAGGAGCUACUGAAAGCCACCGGCUUCCAUUUCAUCCAUCCCAUCAAGAAAGAUGUUCCCACGACGAUCGUGUACCCGGAGCACGAUGACUCGGGGAUCCAGCGCAAGUGUCAGCAGCAGUUGGAAGCUCUUCUCAGCAUUCCUCACUGUCUGCGGCCUCUCGCCAGUCUCAGCAAACACCCCUCAUCUGCCUCUCCUGUCCUGGCAUCACUCCAGCUAGCCAGAGCGAGCGUUGAGACAGGAGAAGGGACAAGAAAAGGUGUCAGACUGCAGCUGGAGCGCAGCGCCUGGACAAGCCCUGGCUGCAGUGACCUGUUUGGUCAGCUGGGAUUCAAACCUUCCUCACAGCUGCCUCCCGAAUCUCCGUGGGUGACACUACAAGCCCCUCCCUCCACUGUGGAUCACAAGACUCUCAACUCUGCCAUAACUGCCCUGCACGCCGUGUUCGGUCCAGUCGACCACCUGGCUCAAAUCACUUCCUCCCACAAGUCACCAUCUGCCAUUGCAGAACAAGAAGUCCUCUAGAAAACUGUGUGUAUUAUAGUCUCUUAUACCGGAGAAUUCUUGUCUAUCUGAGGUGCCAACGCAGACCACCAUCAUGAACACCCAGCCGCACAAGUUUCUCUAGCUUUUCUCUCACCACUGUCCCUCUUUUCAAGAAUGUCACUUCUCCCGAUCACUGCUAUUUUUCCAUUCAAAUUUUUUGUGUACAUCGUGUGAUAAUAAUAAGUGUGUUUGUACAUAAAGUCAGUGAAAAUAUCUCUUCUUGCAAACCGAGAAGAAGAGUUCAAAUGCGGAUUUGAAUUUUGGGUCAGAAGCCUGCAUGAUGACUGAAGUAUGGUUUGUGAAGGGAUGAUGUUGACUCGAAACGGAGAGGGAGAAGGAGAGGCAUGGUUUCAUGGAAGAUAAUGGCGGUGAUGGGGUCUGGGGAGCAGGUGAGGAAAAGGAACUGUCGCCAUCCCUCAGCUGCUGCCUCUUACGGCGACGGGCACCGACCCAGCUCUCCUCCUCCGCCACACACUGGGCUCGGCAGUCCAGAGCCCCUCCCUCCGUCAACCGACACAACAGCUGCUCAGCCGACUCCUCGCCUUCCAACCUCUGCCUCUUCACCUCAAACCCUCCUUCUUCUUCUUCCACCUCCAUAUCCUCCACCUCUCCCUCUUCUGGAGACCGCUCUCUCUUCUGGUCGCGAGUCACUGGUGCCGCCAGGUCAGCCUCAGCAGCAGAGCCAACGGACACACUUGCCAUUCUUCCAACUUCAUGAGGUUGAAGAAAGUGAGUGAUACCAAAGUCUUGCUGAAAGCGGUGUGCCAGAGAGUGCAGCAUGACAUGGUCAAGUCGCUGGCAAACGAAAGUGUUUUUCAGAUCUAAUUCCUCCAAUCUUCCCUCCAGAGAAGCAAAGGGAGUGUCAUGGAGAAGGCGAGAGAGGGUUUCAAGGUCAACUUGCAGAGAAUGCAUACCAGUAGCAUUCUUGCUAAGGAAAGGCUUGUGGACAGAGGGUCUCAUCUCGUGAGAAAGCUCUGUUGUUUGCUGGGAUCCACAGUCGACACCAUAGGGACAAGCUUCAGCUUGUAACUUAAGGGCUUGA